GGUAUCUGGAGACUCAUAAGCCUAGCCUGCAGCCGCUCCUGCGCACUGCGUGUCGUCUGUGCACACUUUAUCACUCCGUACCCAAGGCGAUCUGAGGCGACCAGAACUUAAAGUUUCAACUUGUUUGUGUUUUUGGAGUCGUCUACUCAGUAGAUCGCGUCUAUCAGAUGCCUCCCCACAGAAUCCCAUCUGUUGACGAGAGACGGCGAGCUCGUCGUGCCCAGAUACGCUCAGCAGCACGCAAGGGCGAGAGCGUCGCCUCCCUCUCCAAAAGAUUUGAGUACACACGGCGCACAGUCCAAAAGAUUGUUAAUAACAAUCCAUACAACGACAACCUACACGAGGACGCAGGUUUCCUCGACAUGGAUCUAUCUGAGGAACCUGAGCCGGCGCCACCUCCUCGCAAGGCGAGGCGUGAAGUACGCUUUUCACCUACUCCUAGCGUCCAAUCCAUAGGCGGUUCUUCGGACGAUGGUUCCAGCACUUCACCUCCAACUUCUCCCCGUGCAGGGCCAUCGAAUGCUCGCCGGGGCUCUGCUGAGGCCCCAGACCCUAUACUAGUAUUUAUCCGGCCUCUGAACCUUGGAAAAAAGCAUGCAGAUGCCCUGCGCGCGCAUGGGAUUCACACACGAGCACAUCUAUAUGAUCUCAGGGAGCUUGACUUAGGCACUCUGCAGGAUGUGCUGGGGAAGGUCUUAGUAGACUCAAGACAGUUCAGUUUACUCGAAUGGAUGAAACUCCGGUCGGCGAUUUCAAAGUGUAACGACGAGGAUUGACCAUGUAGCGUGUAUUUCUUGUAACGUGUGUUUCUUUCUUGGUAGGGUGUUCAAA